UGAUGAGGGGAGAAAAACAGUUGAAUCCCAUUUUAGAAUAAGGCAGUAACGUAAGGUUAUAGAGGGCCAACUGAUUGUUGUGGAGCUUCCUUAGUUAAUGGUCACUGUAGUGCAAUUUCAGUAAAACUGUUGUUUUAACAGUAAAACAACCCUGCACGAUCACUCUUCAUUAUGAGGACCAAUGGAAAGCUCAGAGUGCCAUUUAAGUCAAAUAUAAAUAUAUUUCCAUUGAAAAACAUACCCUGCCAUUAUCAGAGUAUGUUGAGAACCCUGUUUCUGUUUCAUAUGCUAUUUUUUUACUCAUAAUGGAUGGAUAAUUAUACAGAGAGAAGGGGAAUACGAUAUCUGGAGACUAUUCUCAUCUGCUUAGAUAUCUAUAUGAGAGGAUUAUUGCUUCUAAAGAUUUUUAUAUCAAAUCAGGAAAUUGAUUUGCUUCACCCACUCAAUGUGAGAACAUAUGCUGAUGACAUAAUCUCCCUGAGGAUUUAUUGUGUCCAGAAAUGGUUUGAGUACAAUAAUACAUUUAAGCCUCCGUUUUGUAGAUUUGAAAAUGCAUGACUGUGUAAUUUUUUUUUGACAGAGUGUUUUAUCAAUCGAAAAAUAUCCAUAGACUGACAUACUGUAUUUUGAGAAAGCUGUGCGUAAUUUCACUGACUCCGUCGUAGACAUAUAUUUGAUUGAUUACCAUCUUCCAUGGAUUUAUAGGCUUAUAUCAGUAGAAGCCUAUCAAUGAGAAAUAUAUAGUCCUAAUCAAAUACAAACCCCCCAAAAUAUUUAUUCGCUAUUUAAAAAAUAGACCAAUACUUUCCAAUUGUUGCUCUAGAAAAAUCUAUUUAAAAAACGCAUCACUGGCGCAAAUUCAGUAUGGGUGCCCCUCCCUUCCUAGCUGUAUGAUGGAGUGUGUAUGGGGGGAACCCGGUGAUUUCCUCUACCAGUUGAGUCCAUAAACUCUAGCACACACAGCAGACGCGCAACGAUGUGCGCCGAGCGGUUGGAGCCAGUCUCCCUGCAUUGCCAAUUUCAUUGAACCGAGGACUGCAUUGUUACCAUUUUUGAAGACCCAAGUUAACCUUUUGUUCACAACAUUUCUUCCUUUUCGUCCUUGUCUUGUCUUUUCAAUAUGUGCUGAUAUUGAAGGGGAGAGGGGAAGGUAGAAUGGGCGAAACCCUCUGGUUCCCUGUGUAACUCUGGAAAUGGAUCCGACGUUCUCGCAGGGAGACAAAGACAAUGAGGUCCGUCUGGAGGGGAUGAGGGAUGGGGCUGGCUUCAUGAGGAUGCCAGAGCACCCCCUGUGGGAGUCCCGUAGCCUAGCCGCCCAGCACCUCUCCUCCUGGAUGACGGAGGGUGAGCCCUUCACCUCUCCUCUCUCCCUGCUGCACUCUGCCGGAGGACAGCGCCUCUCCUCGUCCUCUUCCUCAUCAGUGGCCGCUACUGCCCUUGUCGCCGCCAUGACCCUGGAGCAGAAGACCACCUUCGCCCUGGUCCUCUUCCUCUUCGGUGUCCUCCUCAUCCUAAUCGUGCGGUGCUUUCGCAUCCUGCUGGACCCCUACCGCAGCAUGCCCACCUCCACUUGGGCAGACGGCCUGGACGGGCUGGAGAAGGGCCAAUUCGACUAUACACUGGCAUAGGGGGUUGGGCGUCCAUGUACUGUAUACUGUACACACACACACACACACACACACACACACACACACACACACACACACACACACACACACACACACACACACGAAUAUGCAGAAUGGCUGCAUUCACCU